GGUGCCAAGGGCCGGCCAGAAUUGGAAGAUUCUGACGUCGCGGCUCGAGCGAAGCCCAGAGGAAACAGCUGCAUUGCACCGAGGCCGGCCAGUCUUUGCUCCUCUGCCCUAGCAAGAGUCCGGUUGCCUCGCGGUGGAUCCUGCGGCCUCCUCCUUUCAACAGCCUUAGGGAGCAGAAGAGGCCUCGGCCCAGCAAACAUCCCACACUUCUUCUGUAAUAUUGGGACAGAAAACAUGUCAAACAAAGGAAAGGCUGGAAGAUAUAGGGGUUCGGUGAGGGAUUUCCCAAACUUUAAUGCCAACCAGGAUGCAGAGGCACUGUAUAAUGCCAUGAAGGGAUUUGGCAGUGACAAAGAAGCCAUACUAGAUCUCAUAACAUCCAGGAGCAAUAAACAAAGAAUUGAGAUCUGUCAAGCAUAUAAGGCUCUGUAUGGAAAGGACCUGAUUGCAGACUUGAAAUAUGAAUUGACGGGAAAAUUUGAACGACUGAUUGUGGGUCUAAUGAGGCCCUUGGAGUACUUUGAUGCCAAGGAAAUCAAAGAUGCUCUAAAGGGGAUUGGGACUGAUGAGAAGAGUCUGAUUGAGAUCCUGGCAUCUCGGACGAAUUCACAGAUCCGUGCUCUGGUGGAGGCUUACAAAGAUGCAUAUGAAAGGGACUUGGAGGAAGAUGUCAUAGCAGACAGUUCAGGACACUUCAAGAAGAUGCUCAUUGUACUGCUUCAGGGCAACAGAGAAGAAGAUGAUGUUGUGAGUGAAGACUUAGUGGAACAAGAUGCCAAGGACCUGUUAGAAGCUGGAGAGCAGAAAUGGGGCACAGAUGAGGCCCAGUUUAUCUACAUUCUUGGAAACCGAAGCAAACAACACCUUCGGCUAGGUAAGCUGGAACAUUGCUGUACAAGGAAUAAUAGAAAUAAUUUGAAUCUCAAGCUGUAUUCUUUCUUAGCAACUUGUGAUCCUUUUUAGCAAGGUUUUAUACAU